GGAUAUUCCACUCUACUUCCGGUUAUGAUCCACUCAGCGCUGGGCAAGAUGGCGUCCCAGCAGCAGCCCGGUGUGCCGAUGGCACAAUCAGGAUUACAACAAGCCGCUUCAUUACAACAACAACAGCAGCAACUCAGCCAACAGCAGGAUUUCGACCCUGUUCAUAGAUUUAAGAUGCUAAUUCCUCAACUGAAGGAGAGUCUGCAGAAUUUAAUGAAGAUUGCAUCCCUGAAUUUGGCCCAUAACACGUCAAUUGACAACGGCAUGUUUAGCAAAAGUAGCGACACAUCUGUGCAGCGCUUUGAUAAAAGUCUGGAGGAGUUUUAUGCCCUGUGUGAUCAACUGGAGCUGUGUUUGCGACUGGCGUAUGAGUGCCUCUCCCAGAGCAUUGACAGCGCCAAACAUUCACCCAACCUGGUACCAACAGCCACCAAGCCAGACACAGUGCAGACUGAGUCCAUGUCUUAUGCCCAGUACCUCGGCAUGAUCAAGUCUCAGAUAUCCUGCGCCAAAGAUAUCCACAAUGCUUUGCUGGAGUGUUCCAAGAAGAUUGCAGGAAAGGGACAGCCUCAGGGAAUCAUAUAGACUGGGAUCUGACUCCAUAACUUUUCUGCUUUUCUGAUGAAAAUUUUCAUUUUUGGGGCUUUCCCAUAAUAUUCAAAUAGCGCUUUUGGUUGUGAUGCUGUUCCAUUUCUCAUGAUCCUGCGCAUUUUGAUUUAGAUGUAUUUUAUUUGUUAUUUUAAUUUCUGUUUCAUGCUAACACUUUGUAUAUAUUCCUAAGAAAAGGUCAUGUCCUGAACUGACCAGCAGGUGGUAGCAGAGUUGCACCCACCAGUUUAAUAUUCACAAGCCUUUUGUAGCCUUCUUGUAUUUAAUAUUAAAACUUGUAUACCAAUACA